UUGCUGGGUUUGUGACAGGAAGAUCAGACUGUAAGUGAAUGAAUAGUCGCAGAUAAAGAAGAUUUUUUUUUAAAAUUCAACUUGGAAUCGUAUUUGCAUGUGCAAAUGUAUAUGUGAAUGAACGUGUAGGGAAGAAGAGGCGAGUUAAAUGUAUUUAUUAUUCUUCAGCUCACAUCUCUUGGAUGUUUGCUGUUGAAAGAUGCAUAUGUAGAAUGUUGGACAACUAUUUGUGUUGGAGAGGAACAACUGGCUCUGUUUGUAGUAUAGAUCGACACGUGUAGACGAUUGAUAUAAAUCUGCAUCCUGUUGGAGUAUCAUUCUGUGAAGUUCUUUGAGAAAUAUCCUAAAUUAUUAGACAAAAUUUAUUUUGUGAAAAACAAUGCCACUGAACCUCGAGAAAUUAAUAAAUUUUUUCUCUGGUGGUUCUGCCCCGAAACAACGAAUGAGGCACAAUUAGUAGCAAAAAUACAUCAAGACAUAAUUUUUUUUUUUUUAAUUGUAUUUAUUUAUUUGCAUCCAUCUUCAUUGUACUUUGCCAUUGUUGUCUAUACGUUGUAGUAGCAGUUUCUUUGUUUUCCUCUUCAUCCUUCACAUUUCUUCAUUUAUUGCCACUACACAGCACUGACCGAAACCAGAUCAGUGCUACUGUUACAUUGGCGAAAAAAAACAAAUGCUGAACACCAACAUUAAUAAUCGUGUUACAUUGUUCGAAACACCACUUGGAUUGAUAUUCCUGAUCAUAAUGUCACUAGCCAACUGGAGGAUUAUCUCUGCCUGGUCAGUUAAUAAGAUUCUAAUGACGGGUCCCAAAAUGAAUGAAUUCGGUGCAAACGCUACAACCUACUUGAUGUUCUCAGAUAUAGUUGCAUCCGGGGAGAAAAAAGCAGCUGCGGAAUGUCGAUACCAGUUCCGAUUGGACAGAUGGAAUUGCCCAGAAGAAUCCAUUAUGACUCAGAAAUCAAGGCUAAGUGCAACACAAGAAGCAAGUUUUGUCCAGAGUAUUCUAGCUGCCGGUAUCAUGCACACUCUGACUCGAAGAUGUAGUUUAGGACAUUUUAGUGACUGUGGCUGUGAUGACUCUAAAAAAGGAAAGCGAGGUGGUCAUAACUGGCUGUGGAGUGGCUGUAGCGAUGAUGUCCGGUUCAGUGCUAGAGUCUCGAAACAAUUGAUUGAUUCUCUGGAGAAAGGAAAAGAUGCUUUAGCCUCCAUGAAGCUUCACAACAACGAAGUCGGUCGUAUGGCUGUACGAAAAACAAUGAAGACCAUUUGUAAAUGUCACGGCGUGUCUGGAAGUUGCACCACGAAAACUUGUUGGCGCCAACUGGCAAACUUUCGGCGAGUGGGCUACUAUUUGAAAAAGCGUUACUUUAAGAGUUUACAUGUAAACUUUCAGGAAGGCAAACUCGGUGAAUGGAAUGUGGCAAGCGGUCAAGGAUUGUCGUUAGUAUCUAAAACUGACUUAGUAUAUCUAGAAAAAUCUCCCGAUUAUUGCAAGCAAAAUGUAUCACUCGCUAUAAAAGGUACACUUAACAGAGAGUGUAAACGACCAAACAAAUCAGAAAAAAUAUCCAAAUGGGAAAGAAGGAGCUGUCAACGGCUCUGUUUAAGUUGUGGUUAUCGAAUAAAGCAUUGGACUGAAGAGGUUCUAGUUAGCUGUCAUUGUAAAUUUCUCUGGUGCUGCGCUGUGAAGUGUAGAAAAUGCUUAGAGAAAACGGACAAAUACUCAUGCCGAAAAUGAACCAAUUACCUCUCUCUCUCUCUCUCUCUCUCUCUCUCUCUCUCUCUCUCUCUCUCUCUCUCUCUCUCUCUCUUUCUCUCUCCCUCCCUCCCUCUCCAUA